UCCCCCCUCGGCCACCAGAGGGCAGGACGGUGCAGCGAACGGCCACCAGAAUGGCUCUCCAGAAGAACGUCUUUUCGCUUCGUUAUGGGCUAAAUGCCCGUCUGGGUGCUGUUGUGGCAGUGCAGCACCGCCAUUCUUCAGAUGUGCGUUUUUUGACAAGGCCCGAAAUGUCGGCCCUGAAGAAGGGGCGGGGAGGCCGGUCGUCCUUUUCAGGGAAUGUUGCAACCAUCUUUGGUGCAUCAGGCUUCAUGGGACGAUACCUUUGUAAUCGUUUGGGAAAGACUGGGACACAGAUGAUAAUCCCAUACCGUGGAGACCAUUAUGACGUCCGACCCUUGAAGUUGGCUGGCGAUUUGGGUCAGGUGCUCUUCAUCCCCUACCACCUCACCGACGAAGAGGUCAUCCGCAAGGCAGUCAAGCAUUCCAAUAUUGUCAUCAACCUAAUUGGUCGUGACUGGGAAACCAUGAAUUUCUCCUUUGAGAAGGUUCAUGUUGAAGGAGCUGAGAGACUGGCACGCAUCAGCAAGGAGAUGGGAGUCGAGAAGUUCAUCCAUGUUUCUGCUUUGAACUCCAAUGUUGAACAUGAGGGUUAUAUUGUCAAGGGAGGCUCUCAGUUUCUUAAGACUAAGGGCCUGGGAGAGCAGGCUGUGAGGGCUGCUUUUCCCGAGGCUAUUGUCUUCCGCCCCAGUGACGUUUAUGGCCAGGAAGAUCGUUUCCUCAGAUACUAUGCAGGUUUGUGGCGCCAUCAGGGACGUCUCCUCCCCCUACCAAAGGCUGGCAAGGGUAUCUGGAAGCAGCCAGUGUAUGUUAGUGAUGUGGCCCAAGGCAUUAUCAAUGCUAUAAAGGAUCAUGAUGCUGUCGGAAAGACAUAUGAGGCUGUUGGCCCUCGCCGUUAUGAAUUGGUUGAACUGGUUGACUGGUUCCAUCGUGUCAUGCGAAAGGAUGAGAACUAUGGCUAUAUGAGUUAUGACAUGAAGUGGGACCCACUCUUCAAGGUGAAGGCAAUGAUUACGGAAUACUGCCCAUCGUGGCCCGUCAACACACUUACCAGGGACAAGGUGGAAAGGGAAGCCGUAUCGGAUACAACUACUGGACUUCCAACCCUGGAGGACCUUGACGUUCCCCUGACCAAGAUGGAGGACCGCAUCAGCUGGGAGCUCAGGCCAUUCAGAGCUGCCAACUACUAUGAUGAAGAAGUGGGAGAAUUUGAGCCACCUGCACCACCCAAAUACAUUUCAGCAAAUUGAGGUGUUCCUAUUUAAUUUUUUUUUUUUUUUUU